GUGUUUGCUCAUUAACGCAGCACCGAUUCCUGCCUUCUGCUCAAGCAAAAAGUUUGGAUCUCAUUCGUCGGCCUGCGAUGUUCUGGAGAUGCUGCGUUUAUUGAUGUUCUGUGCGUUUGUGACCGUCUUCGGCUGCAUCUCUGCGUCUCCAGAAGUCUGCACCAACACCCUCCUGCCUGGAGCUAAAGGAGACCAAGGUGAGAUCGGAGAUGAGGGAGAUCUGGGGAAACUGGGGAAGAAUGGACCGCCAGGACUUCCAGGAGUUCAAGGAGAAUCAGGGCUUAAAGGGGAAGUUGGCCACACAGGGAAGAUGGGGCCUUCUGGAGACAAAGGUGACAAAGGCGAUAAAGGUGUGGAUGGACCCUCUGGUUUAAAAGGGAAACCAGGCGCAACGUGUGACUGCGGCAGGUACAGGAAGGUGGUUGGACAGCUGGAUGUCAAUGUGGGCAAGCUGAGGGACGCUGUCAAGUUUGUGAAGAACGUCGUGUUGGGCCUGAGGGAGACGGAAGAGAGAUAUUAUCUCCUGGUGAAGGAGCCCAAGAGGUUCAGAGAGGCUUCAAUGAACUGCAAGCUGAGAGGAGGAACACUGGCCAUGCCCAAAACCAGCAACACCAACCGUCUCAUGGCAGAAUAUGUCAGUCAGACAGGACUGACGGGAGUUUACAUCGGAGUACAGGCUCAAAGCAAGGACACGGAUGGAACAGCUGCUUAUGUUUAUGCAGACUCCAGCCCUCUGCAGGGGUUUGCAGCUUGGAGUAAAGACGAGGAGCUACACACCAGAUCGUCUCCAGCCACCAACUCCAGCUGUGUGGAGCUGCUCAGCACUGGAACGUGGGGUCACGUGGAGUGUGAAGCCUCAAUGUUUUUCGUCUGCGAGUUUCCAAAGAGCAGAAGAAGAGGAGGAGGAGGAGGAGGAGGAGGAAGAGGGACAUCUACAUCGGCCUCAUCGUGAACAUGAGUUAAAAAGACAUAAUGCAUGGCCAUACAAUAUACAGUUGACUGUAUUUACGCAGGAUGUGUGUGUGUGGGAGGGCUAUUUACAGUAUGUAUUGUACUGAUAGUGAAUGUGAAAGAUUUGAAGUACCUUAAACUUACAAAAGAAACUGCCUGUGAAAUAUUUCAUUAAAUCAAUAAGAUAUUAAUCCUUAAAAUAAAAGUGACUUCAUCAGA